AAGCUACAAUCUUACAUUUUAGAAGCUAACAUGCUUAUCCCCAAGAGGCUUUACGUGAAAUUGCUAUUUUUAUGGUUGUUUCCAUUUGCUUUGUAGUAUUCUGGCUGGAAAGGCAAAUUUGCUUGCCUAUGGCUUUCAGCAACCAAUACACCAAGUCAAAGUAAUAUGGAGAAAACAUUCUUUGGGUUCCCACAACCCAAGUUUAUGACAAAAAAACCUCGCCAGGAAAAGAGCAAUGGGCCUGAUUUACCAUUUAUCACUUGUGUGGUUAGUUCAUCACCACAAAAUCCUUCUUACUCGGAAACUCUGAAACCUGAUGCAGGAUUAGAAGAGUCUACUCCUCAAGAAGCUAUAUUUAGCUCCCAUGUCCCCAGUAUCUUUCAGCAUCCUUUCAAUUCGCCCACUGUAUCUGGUGCAAAUCAACCUUUUUCGCCUUCAAGCCUUCCCGCCGAAUUUCCUUUUACCUCAAGAAGGAAACCACCAAAAACCUUUGUUACCAAACCUGUAUUUCCUGUUUCACCUGUAGUGGCUUCAUCGCCAAGUACACCAUCACAACCGGCAAGUUUGGUUUCCAACAGUGACGUAGAAAAACCUGUUAUCCAUAGGCAACAAUUGAACGCUUCGCUUCCGAGUUUUUUCCAUCGUACGUCUUCAGAGUGUGUUUUUACACCGAAACGAAAUCAAAUCAAAGUCGAAAUAAACCUUGAAGAUCCUUCCCCAAUACCAUCUCCCACUUCGUAUGCUGAGGGCAAUACUAGGCGUUUCAACACAAAAUCACUUUUUGGCGGAGGUGGCUUUUCACGCGUGACAGGCGUGAACUCUGAGGAAUUAUCUACUGAAACUGGCGAACAACGGGCUGAACAUGAAAAUGCUGCAGCAAAAGAGUUCGAGGUUUCUGAGCACUCAAGCUUCUACCGGUUGCCGUUCCGUGAUAGGAUGAAUGGGGAAAAAUAUGUUGAGGAAGAACAAACGAAAACCAAGACGAACUGGGUAGAUGCAACAAAAUCUGACGAACGCAAAACUUCAUUUGAAAGUAAAUUACAAGCAUUUACUAGCCAAUUGCUAGCAGCUGCUGAGGAGGCACAGUCAACUGUCAAAGCCGAAAAUGAAUUCUUAAAAAAAGAAUUAACCAGAGCACAAAAACACAUUGUUAAUUUGGAAGCGCAGUUUGAUCAGUUGGAAAGAAACCAAUCAGAGGCUAUAAAGAAAGCCAAUCAUUUGUCGGUAGAGAAAGAGACUCUUAGGGACCAUCUUCGAAAUUUGCAAGAACAAUUAUCUGCUACCGAGGAAGAACUUGGGAAGAAACAAGGCCAAUAUGAAGAGAUGGGUUUACAGUUAGCAGAUAAGGAGCGACGCCUGAAUGUGACCCUAGAUAACAUCAAAUCACUUGAGGAACUGACGCGUUCAUCGGAUGAACGCGUUUGCGAGCUGCAAACCCAACUGCAACUGGUUUUGACCGAUCGGACAGCUGCGGAUGAGAAAAUUGUGACAAUGUCUGAACUAGUAGAUAGCCUCCGUGAGAAUAUUGUUGCAUUGGAAUUAGCGAUGUCCGAUGCCGAAAAAAAAUUCCAAUCAACCCUGAGUGGUUAUCAAGACCAACAAGAGAAACUUAAAAAAGAAAUCACCUUUUAUCAAGAAACUGUAUCUGCCUUAAACGACACCCGUAAAGAAUAUGACACCGUAAAAGGCGAACUUGGAAGCUGUAGAGAAGAAUUGUCGAAGAUAAAAGCAGAUUCACAAGCGGGCUUGGAAGAGAAUUUCAAACUUAAAGAACGUCUUGAUUGUCUCAGUGAACAAUACGCGACUUGUGAGCAAUCUUCACGCGUAGCACAAGAAAACAUCUCUACGUUGGAGAGAACAAUCAGUAGUCAACACGAUGAGAUUCAACAGCUUAACCAGCGUUUGGAAACUUCUUCUACUGAGCUCACUAAUAGCAGGGAGGAAGUGACAAACCUUUCGAAAGAACUCGAAACGUUGCGUCGUCAGACUUUCUCGUGGCAAAAUCGUUUGAGUGCCUCCGAAGAAAAAUUUCAGCUUGAGUUAACCAAAACGCAACAAGAGCUCAGUUGCGAAAGAUUAGCACACAGUGAAACUAAUGUAUCCGUCAUGGCAGUUUUCAUUGAAACCAGAAAUAUCGUGGAAACUCAAAUAAAGGAGUUGGAAGGCAGUGCAAUCGUGGCUGAAUGCGAAAACGAUGCAAUGAAGAAAGAACCUGACGGCGAAAGGGAGGCAGUUGCCGAGGAAAAACUCUGUUGGGAACUAUGCAAAGAUCACCUGGAAGCAUCCCUUCGUCUACUUUCAGCCGAAUUGUGCAAGGUUCGGAGUACUAUAAAGACAUUAAGUAAUGAAAACGAUUCGCUUAAAUGUCAAGUGAAUGGAUUGCAAGAAAAUAUAAAUGUCUCGAAAUGCCAAAUCGAAUCAUCUAAGCGAGAAUUGCAAAACGAAAGAGUGUCGCAUAAUGAAACGAAAUCCAGCUGGAAACAAUGCAAGGAUGAACUGCAAAAUGAGAAAAAAGAACAUUCGAUUAAUUUGUUGAAAAUUCAGAAUACCUUGCACGUAUUGAGCGGUCAAAAAGCUUCACUCGAAGCUCAAGUGAAUAACCUAGAAGAAAAUGUAAUUGCAGCUGAACGCCAAAAUGAAACAAUCAAACAAGAAUUGAGUAGUGAAAGAAACGCCCAUCAUGAAACAAAAUCUAACUGGAAACUUUGCAAAGAGCAAUUAGAAGAUGAACAGCGUCAACAUUCCCUUGAUCUUUCUAGGCUUCAGAGUGCAUUGCAGACUAUGAGCGAUCAAAAGAAGUUUGUAGACGCCCAAGUAACAGAUUUGCAAAGUAAUUUGGUUACAAAAGGCCGAAAUCAUGAAUCGAUUCGCGACAAGAACCUUUCACUUGAGCGUCAGCUGGAAUUUGCUGCAAUAGAAAUAUCCACGCUUAGGGCUGAAAUUCAAGAGCAUUCUAACAGAAAUCGUGACAUCCAAGCACUGCUUGACGAUAUCCGAAUGAAAUCAGCAUUGUCAGAAGAAAGCCUUCACGCAGACCUGAGUAAAUGCCGCAAGGAACUGGAUUCCCAGCAAGAAUUGCAACGUGAGACUACGCGAAAUUUGACGGAAACUCAGUUUAAGCUCCGCACUACAGAAGAUAUUUGCAACCAAGUUAUGCUGGAACGUACCAAUCUUCAGUCUGAUGUAGCUCAUCUUGCAAAAGGUAAAUUGGAGAACGAAGAAACGAUCAAGCACUUGAAAGUGAAAAUAGCUGCCCUGGAGAAAAACGUUGAUACUGUAACAGCAAGUGAUGCCUCACUAAACCAGACUUUAGACGUUUAUGAAGACUUUAUAAAAGCAGCCCAUCAAAAAUGCCAAUUGAUGUUUGCAGAAUACUUAGAGGCUGCGCUAAAUGCCAAAGAACUCACAGUUGAAAUGAAAACAUUGAAUGAGAAUUUUGAAACCAUUUCAAAAAAUGCCGAGAAUGUUGACGAAGAUUUGAAGAAUUUCAAUAUUUCUUUUGAGAAGUUCCUUGCGUUGGAAACGAUUUCUUCCCGAGAGAUCCAGAAUCGUCUAGUAACUGCAAAUUCCCGACUUGCUGCAUCGGAUGAAGCACUCGAGAAGGCAGCAAACGAAAAGUCGUUGCUAGAAAACGCGAUCAGCUUGGCUUCAGCUGAAAAACUUGAACUUGAAAAACAACUCGAAGUGGCCAGAGAAAAUUCGCUAGCUUCAGAAGCGAUUCUCAAACAACUUCACAACCGAAACAGUGCUCUAGAAGAAAUGAAAACAUCCUUGGAUCAACAGAUCGUGGAUCUUGAAGAACGUGUCCGCUCGGUAGAGGCUGAACUGGUAGUUGCAAAUGGAAAAGUCCGAGAUCUGCAAAAUGAUAAAAUAGAAUUAGAAGCUAAACUGGAGUCGCUUCAUGAUCAGUUGCAGACUUCACACUACAAAUGUGAAAAUGCAGUUGGAGUGUUGAUUGCAGAAAAAGAGCAGCUUGCGGAAAAGGUCAAAACACUCACAGAAACCGCUACAAACUGGAAAUCGUCAAACGAGAAAUUCUGCGCUCGAAACUCAGCCCUAAAGAGUUCGCUUAUAGCUUCAGGUCAGCAGAUAUCGGAUCUCCAUCAACGUAUUAAUACAUUAGAUACCGAACUAAUCCUGUCGAAUGAAAAAAUCAGAGAUCUGGCAGUAGAAAAAACAAACCUAGAAUCUCAACUGGGAUCGCUUCGCCAUCAAUUGAAAGAGUCCCGAGAAAAAUUCAACCGAGAUCUGGAAAAAUUGCGGCAUCAGCUAGAAACCGAAAAAGCUUCCCAUGAAAAUUGCAAGUCGCGCCUUGCCACCAUCUCCACUAGUCAUCAGAAAUCCAUAAAGUUGACGGACGAGAAGAAACAGAAAUGCCUCAAGGUCGCGGUGGAAUUAAAUCAGAGAACGUUGGACGAUAAGGAUUUAAAUGAUCUGAAGAAAAAAGCUCCAUCACCACCGUUAGCAGUUACUACGACGAACGAAAAAUUUCAGAGGCGUCCGUUAAGCGACCAUCAUCAGCAAUUAGAGAGAGGCAAAGAGUCCAAAAAAAAUAAGGCUAUCUGUGGUACUCCCUUAAUGAAUCGCAGCCCCACAAAUCGUUCCAGAGAUACCGUAAACAAUUCGACUAAGAUUACAGAUGUCGACAAACGUGACAGUAGACAAAACCACGAAGUACAUGCAUCGGUGACAGUUAUUGAGGAAUCUCCUCCUGCAGCUAUUCGAAAGACACGACCUCGGCGCGCUGUGGUUGUUGCCAAUCGAAGCUUUCCUAUCCAGUUGGAACACGAGUCGCCUAGCAGUUGCGACAGCAAUGGACAAAGGGGAACCAAGAAACCCGAUGAGAUUUCAUCAUUUCGUGAACGUCGAAAGUUAUUUCUCACGCCGUCUCCUGGCCCCUCGCGUUCACCAACACAGAAUUCAAGAUCAGUUAACACUACACCUGCAAAGGCUGACAAAGAGGAAUUGUCAGAUCACGACGUCAGUGCAUCGUCAACAACAAAGCCGUUCGCACCUGUCAGUAAGACUUACGCACGCAAACGUUUGUCAAUGACAGCUCGUCUAGUCUCCGCCAACACGGCCUCGGCUCAACCCUCCAAGAAACCUCGCAUCUCAACCCCUGUUGACUCGCCCUGUUGCGUGUGGCCAGACUUGUCCAACUCAUUCCGACGAACGAAACCAACAGGAAGUGAAAGCUCUGGCGCAACUUGUUAAAACGUACCCUUCUUUCUCCGACAGACGAAAUCGCUUGAAUUUUUUUGGCAAAUUGACAAGGACGUACAUCCUUACAUCGUCUCGUUGUUAAUAGCCCGUUGUUUCACAUGGGGUCGACCCGCCUCUGAUUGGCUGCUUCACCUGCCAGGUGU